AGCUAACCAGGCCAGGUGAAGACACCGGCGCGCACACACUCAUACACAGUCACACUUAGACUCACACGGACGGUCACUCACUCACAGCUGGGCACAGGAAUGGAGCAGGAGCCAGGUACCGGGCCGGAGCAGUUGGAUGGGGUCAUACAAAUGCUCCAUUUCCAACCGGCGCCAGGCCAGUUUGGGCCCGAGGUGCGAGAACCGGGCCUGAUGGUUUGGCGUGUGGAGAAGAUGAAGGCCGUUCUACUAGAACCGGCAGAGUUUGGCGCCUUCUUCAACGGAGACUCCUACCUGGUCCUGGAGCACCGCGGAGACCAGGGGGCAGACCUCCACAUGUGGAUAGGUGAGAAGUCGUCUCGCGAUGAGCAGGUGGCCUGCGCCAUGUUGGCUACGCAGCUGGACAACUUCCUGGGUGGAGACCCCGUCCAGCACCGGCAUGUCCAGGGCUACGAGUCGCCGGAGUUCAUGAACCUCUUCCCCCGAGGGGUCAGCUAUAAGGAAGGAGGAGUGGAGUCUGGUUUUAGGAGAGCUCAGUCCGGUUCGGGUCCUAUCCAGAGGUUGUACCAGAUCAAAGGCAAGCGGAACAUCCGAGCCAAAGAGGUGGAGCUUAGCUGGAGCAGCUUCAACAAAGGGGACUGCUUCAUCCUGGACCUGGGGAAUACCAUUGUGUCCUGGAUUGGCUCGCAGGCAAACAUCUUUGAGAAGCAGAAGGUACGAGAGAUCGCCACACUGAUUCGUGACACAGAGCGACACGGCAAAGCCCAGAUCACCAACAUCACAGAGGGAGAAGAGCCGCAAGAGAUGCUGGAGGUGCUGGGUCCAGUGCCAGAGCUCACAGAGAGCACUCCAGAGGAGGACAGCAAAGCAGAUGUCUCUAAUUCCGCCUCCCUCUACAAGGUGUCUGAUGCAACAGGGUCGAUGAAGCUCUCCAAAGUAUCUGAGAAAAGCCCAUUUGCCAAGGACCUCCUGCUGCGCGAUGACUGCUUUAUUCUUGACAAUGGAACCAAUGGGAAGAUUUUUGUGUGGAAAGGAAAUGCUGCCAAUGCUGAGGAGAAGCGGGAAGCUCUGAAGAUGGCUGAUGACUUCAUUCAGCAAAUGAACUACCAAAGAAUGAAAACUCAGGUGGAGAUCCUACCGCAGGGCAGAGAGACCGUCAUAUUCAAGCAGUUCUUCCACAACUGGAACUAAACCGCCCCUGGCUGCACAACAAUCCAAGCUUAUAUUGCACUCAUUCAAAAUGUUAAAUAAUGUCAAAAUAAUAAUACCAGCAUUUCUGCCGUUGUCUGGUCUGGUAUGACGAGUAAAUUGUAUGUGUCAGCACUCCAAAGCCCAAAUGUAUUUUGAGGUUUACAAUUUAUGUAUAUAUUGAGAAUGAGCAGGGACGACAAUUGUGUGAACAUGUUGGCAAGUGUUACAUUGUCAAGCUGAAGUUCAAUGCAGUAGAGGUGAACUGAGCUACACUCCUGUGUAUGCCACAGUAUCACAAUGCAGCAACUGCUUGACUCACUUCAACUGCCACUCAGUUUCACAAUUAUCGAUUAAAGUUGUUGUUCAGGUUAUUGAAACGUCCUACUGCAUUAAAGCCAAGAAUAUUUCACACA